CCCGUGUCUCACAAAACUAGCUAGGGUAAGCGCGGGUUUGGACUGUGCGCCGAGAGGAUCUGGGGCGACGCGCAGCUCCAGGCGCUAGGGGGUAAUCGGCGGGUCGCAAUGACCGAGCGCGUGAGCAUACAGCCCGGGGAGCUGAGAUUUCCAUUUGAGCUGAAGAAGCAAAUCUCGUGUUCCUUGCGGCUCGUCAACAAUACCGAUGAUUCUAUCGCCUUUAAGGUGAAAACUACCUCACCGAAGAAGUACUGCGUGCGCCCAAACACCGGCAUUGUCCCGGCACGAGGAAGCACGGAUGUCACAGUGACAAUGCAAGCACAAAAGGAAGCACCGCUAGACAUGCAAUGCAAGGACAAGUUCCUGGUGCAAACCAUUGUGGUUCCAGCCGAGACAACCGUGAAAGACGUCCCUGAGAUGUUCAACAAGGAUAGCGGGCACGAUAUCCACGACACGAAGUUGCGGGUGGUGUUGACGUCUCCUCCUCAACCCCCGUCGCCCGUUGCCGAAUCGCCCGAGGAAGAGGGCGUCUCGCCGAAAGCGAUGCAAAACGGUGACUCCACUUUGUUCCAACAAACCGCAACGAAGGACACCUCGCAGCUCGAGGCAAAUCUCGCCAAAGUGAACCAGGAGCUCUUCGCGAUCAGGAAAGAGCGCGACUCGGCCGUCCAGCUCUCGCAACGGCUGCAGCAGGAAUUGGCUAGCAAAGCAACGAGCUUGAAGGAAAGAAAUGGCCCAUCCGCCGGCUUCUCUUUGUGGCUCAUCUUUCUAGUCGGCUUGUUAGGCAUACUCAUUGGCUACCUCAUUAGUUCCUAAGGAAGCAAUCUUCUAUUGUAAUAAGUUUUGAUCGGAUGUAAGUCGAAUGAAUGUUAAAAACUUUUACUC